CCCGGAGCCCCGAAGCAAAUUAAAAGCUAUAGCCCAAAGCUCAAGCUUAAACUCGACUUGAAAUUUAUUCUCCCGAUUACUACCGGUAGAACUGGUCUCGCGGUUAAAAACCCCAGCUGCGUUCAAAGCUCCCGCCCGAUCUUGACUCACUGAAGUCGGAACUCUCGUGUUUCUUUGCAUUUAGUUGAAUCCAAGCUUUAAAACUGGCAGCACGCAUCAUGUCCGCAGGUCGAGUGUUUAUAUACGGUGGCAAGGGAGCCUUGGGCUCGGCCUGUGUCGAUCACUUCAAAGCCAACAAUUAUUGGGUGGGCAGCAUCGACCUGUCGGAGAACGAGAAGGCCGACGUUAGCAUCGUGGUGCCACGCGAUGCUGUUUGGUCGGAGCAGGAGGAAACGGUUGUGUCCAAGGUGGGCGAAUCCCUGGCCGGCGAAAAACUGGAUGCCGUGAUCUGCGUGGCUGGCGGCUGGGCUGGUGGCAAUGCCAAAAAGGAUUUGGCCAAGAAUGCCGAUCUCAUGUGGAAGCAGAGCGUCUGGACCUCGGCCAUUUCCGCAGCUGUGGCGGCCCAGCAUCUCAAGGAGGGAGGACUGCUGGCUCUGACUGGAGCUAAGCCCGCUCUGGAGGGCACUCCCGGCAUGAUCGGCUAUGGAAUGGCUAAGGCAGCUGUUCACCAGCUCACCCGAUCUCUGGGCGCUGAGAAAUCCGGUCUUCCAGCGGGCUCCCUGGCCGUGUCCAUUCUUCCCGUAACCCUAGAUACUCCCAUGAAUCGCAAGUGGAUGCCGAACGCGGACUUUGGCACCUGGACUCCUCUAACCGAGGUGGCCGGCCUCUUCCUCAAGUGGACCCAAGCUCAGGAGAGGCCCAAAACUGGAUCCCUGCUGCAGCUGGUCACCAAGAAUGGCGUAACAGAGCUCAUAGCCGCCGAAUAGGUCUGAAGACAAAGAUACGGAUCCACUUAUUGAAAGAACCAAAAUGCUCAAAAAACAUAUUCUAAAUGCUUUAGCUUGUACAUAAACUAUUCAUAAAUAAAUCGCUGGGCGGCUUUCGAUCGUUUAA